GCCUCCCCGGUGCGUGCUGAGGUCAGGCCGGGCGGGGAGCGCGGCGCAGCAGAGCCGGGCUGGGGCGGCUGGCAGUGGGGCAGCAGCCGGAGCGGAGCAGGAGGCUCGCUCGCUGCCCGGAGCGGGAGCCGGGGAAGCGGCGCGGCGGUGCCCGCAGGGAGCCCCCGGCGCCGGGAAAGUUGCGCGCGGGGCAGGAGGCGGCCCCCAUGGCGGGGCAGGGGCUGCCGCGGGCCGGGCGCGGCGGCGGGCAGCACCCCUGAGCGCCGGGCAGCGCCCCGGCCCGGCCCCCCGUGCGCCCUCCCCAUGGGCGCUGCGCCCUAGCGCCGGAUCAUGGCCAAGUGGCUGACCAAGUACUUCAGCCUGGGCAACAACAAGGCCAAGAGCCCCCCGCAGCCGCCGCGGCCCGACUACCGGGACCGGCGCCCCGGGGCCGAGCUGCUGGCCGCGCACCGCCACACCUCGCCCCGCCUGGCGCCCCGCCACCUGUGCGACGACCCCGGCGAGCUGCUGCGCGCCUACCGCGCCCAGAAGGAGCGCGACUUCGAGGACCCCUACAGCGGGCCCGGCUCGUCCCUGCGCAAGCUGCGCGCCCUGUGCCGCCCGGAGCCCUGCGCGCCCGAGGAGCCGGCCGCCAAGCCCCCCUCGGCCGCCGGCUCGCCGCACCUCUUCCGCAGCCAGAGCGAGCGCCGGCCGCCCACCCCGCCCGACGGCCGCUACCUCUCCCCCAAGCACCGGCUCAUCAAGAUCGACAGCGGCUGCGAGGGCGGCACCGCCGCGGCCAUCACCUGGAGCCCGCCCGGCGGCGCCGCCAAGAAGGGGGGCAAGUGCCCGGAGCCGCCGGAGAGCAGCGCGCCCUCCGCCAAGCCGGAGAAGGUCUUAAUAGCAGAUGACUACUCGGAUCCGUUUGAUGCCAAGAGUGAGCUGAACAAAGCGGUGAAAGGAGAAAACACUGGCUAUAUGGAACCUUACGAAGCCCAGAGGAUAAUGAGCGAAUUUCAAAGGCAAGAAAGCGUGAAGUCCCAGCAGAAAGGCAUUCAGCUCUAUGACACGCCCUAUGAACCAGAAGGCAAUGGUGUGGAGUCAGACACUGACAGCUUGGUGAGCCAGCGCUUGCGAGAGAGCAAGCUGCCACAGGAUGACGACAGGCCCGCAGAUGAAUACGAUCAGCCCUGGGAGUGGAACAAAGUCACAAUCCCAGCCUUGGCAGCCCAGUUUAACGGGAAUGAGAAAAGGCAGUCUUCUCCUUCACCUUCAAGUGACAGGCGUCGACAGCUCCGAGCGCCAGGAGGUGGCUUCAAACCCAUCAAGCAUGGCAGCCCAGAAUUCUGUGGGAUCCUGGGAGAGAGAGUAGAUCCAACUGUGCCACUGGAAAAACAAAUAUGGUAUCAUGGCGCAAUCAGUCGGACAGAUGCAGAAAACCUGUUACGAUUGUGUAAAGAAUGUAGCUACCUUGUAAGGAAUAGUCAAACAAGCAAGCAUGACUAUUCUCUUUCCUUAAAGAGCAGUCAAGGCUUUAUGCACAUGAAACUGGCAAAAACCAAAGAGAAAUACAUCCUGGGUCAGAACAGCCCCCCGUUUGACAGCGUUCCGGAAGUCAUCCACUACUAUACCACCAAAAAACUGCCCAUCAAGGGCGCAGAACACUUGUCCCUGCUUUACCCUGUAGCUGUCCGGACCCUAUAACGCUCCAAUCUCACUCCUUCCUGUGGAUGGGAGGUGACGGGCAAGCAACGAAGCAGGAAUUACUGCUGCAUCGAUGACCAGAACUCAGAAACUCGAGGUUGAAAUGGAGAUGUCCUGCCUUUCAUUUCUGAUGUGUGCUGGCUGUCUGAAAACUGUUAGACAGUCCUGUGUGUAUGGUACUCUUGCACUACUGUGUUUCUAUUUCCAUGUGAGGAGAACAGAGAGCCUUCCUGGGGGAUGUUUCUGUGAAUGAAAAAUUGUUUCCAAAUCCAAAGAACUGCUGUCAAGGGUGAAUAAAGCAAACCUCUUCCUUCGGUCAGGAAACUCUAAGGAUAUUUGUUCUUUCACUCUCCUGACUUAAUACCGGUGUAUGAUCAAAUAAUCUUCCACCGGUGACAUGCUGUCCUUAACAGACAAUGAAAUGGAUGCAGAUUCUUUCAGGGCUCAAGGAGAAAUCGGCACAUGACUGGCUUAACAUGCAAGUCCUUAUAGCUCUGCCCACUCACCCCAUGUUAGUGUCUCUCUUCAUGCACUGUCUGUCAGGAUGAUCCAAACACAGGAGUCUUUUGUCUCGCACAGUGUGACUAGGAGAUCUUAAUGAGUAAUUUUACAAUAGCAAAAUGUGCUUGAUUAUUUAUGAAUAGGGUAUGUAAUUAAAAUAGUGGUUUAAUAUAUAUUUUUUAUCCUUUUUUGGUACAUUAAUAAAUCUCUGAGGGUUACUGUGUUCAUUUUGCAAGUGUCAUUCCGAGAUCAAGGCAGGCAGUUGAUUCGCAUUGUCCGCUCUGCCAGUGCAGCGUGCGGUGAUGUGUCAGCCGUGGGAGUACGUCAUCUGAAUGUGCCCACGUGCUGGGUUUCAGACCUUAAAAGGCUGUCAGAGGCCACGCUUCUUGUGUCCAUUUUAUCUGGGCAAAUAAUAGUCCCACUGGGGCAACUGACCCACGGCAUCCAACAUCCUUUCCACCUCCGGCAUGGAAGAGCAUGUGAUGAAUGGGUUUUCCAGCUCUCCAAGAGAUGCACAGUGUAGGAGAAUGCGGCACUGCAUGUUACAGGGAAUUCUCGAAACUUUCAUGCGAAGAGCCUGGUGCCCCUGCAUCUGAAAAUAUUAUGGUCACUGGUAUUUCCUCCCCCAGCAGAAUAUCCAGAGUCACGGAGUCUGAGGCCAGAAGCGACCACCAGAUCAUCCUGUCUAAGCUUCUGUACAUCACAGGUCGCCUACACACUAAACCCAGAGACGGAAAUGAGACCAAGGUCUUGCAGCCCCCCCGCCCCUGGAAACGAGACUAUUACAUGCUACAGGCACAGUGCAGGAGGGACCAAGGGGCACCGGUUUCCUGGGAGGGAAAUUAUUAAGUGAGAGAUACCCAAAGGAGCCUGGCGCGUGACCCCCACCCACGCGCUGCAGAGGAAGGCAAAAUCCCCCCAAGGUCACUGCCAAUCUGACCUGGGGGAAAUUCCUGCCCGAGUCCCCACAUGGUGAUCAGUUAGACCCUGAGCACAUGGGCAAGAACCAGCCAGCUGAGCUCCUGAGAGAGAGAUUGCUCGGUGCCACCUCCAAGCCUGGUCCACCCCGCCCAGUGUCCCAUCUCCAGCUGUGGCCAUCCUUGAUGCUUCAGAGGAAGGAGAUCCAAAAACCUCCCCCAAUCCCGAAUACGCUGUGGGGGGAGGAAUCCCUUCCUGACCGCUGCAGGUGGCCAGCUGAAGCCCUGAAGCAUGAGCUUUAGGGACAUAAGAUGGAAGUGAGCCCAAGGGCUGUUGAGCCCUGACCUCUGCCAUCACAAGCAACCCUGUCGUACCCCAUCUGUGCGUAGCUGUAUCUCAUUACUGUCAGAUGCAGAAGAUGUACUACCUCCACAGUGCAAACGCAGCGGCCUCCCCAACUCAAGAGAUGGCUGGCACGCUCUUUGUACGCCUGCUGAAUAGGAUAACUGACAAACUGUGUUUGCACGUGAAUGCUGGAACUGGUGAAAUCCAGUAGCCAGGUAGUCCUGAUCCUGGUCUGUCAUCACCUCGCCGUCUAGAACACUGUGUAUUUAUACGUCAGUGACUGGCGCGGAGAUGUGGUUACUUGCAGUUUACAGACUUUACAGACUGCAAUAAGGCUGUGAAAAUGUCUGUUAUUUAAUUCACCUUUCUCUCCACCUCUCUCCCCCUCAUACAUGCUUUGAAAUAAGUGCUGAUUGAGAAGUGUAAUGGGAUAAUCAUUACUCUAAUGCCUGUAAAAUACUGCUUCAUUGUACUGUAUAAUGUGAAAAGAACCUCCAGGAUGUUCCAUAAUGAUGUUUCCAGAUUGAUAGUAUGCAUUUCGCUGCCUGGUUUUUUUUAACCCUGUCUGUUCCAGAUAUGAAUUGGGUAUAGGGAAUUCCAGCAUUAGUUCGAACAAGUCUGUGAGCUGGUUGUUAAUACCAAGGAUAGCUCUGUAUUAUACCGUGGUCAGCUCAUGGAUGUUCCAGCUGAAUCUGCAUUGCAGGAGGGUGGCUAUGGUUUCCUUACCCUUGAAGUGAGGGUUGUGUGGUGGUCUUUACAAAUGGCUGAACUUACCCUACAGGUUCCGUGUUUAUCUGCUCCUCAGUGACUCCCCCAGGACACAGGCAGGCAGUGGGAUCCCAGAUGUUACUUCUCAGAUACGGGGAUGUGGGGGCCACUUUUGGUUUAACAUUGGGGCAGAUGGGGCCGGAGAGAGCUUGUGACUUGGGCUACAUGGGUCCCAGCGCAUAUAAAUAAGGACACUUCCUUCCUCCCUGGAGCAGGCCAGAGGUGAAUUCCUAACCCCCACUCCCUGUUCCUCCAGAGCAAGGAGGAACCCUGGGAAGGGUGUGUCUGAAUCCCCCUUGCCCCAGCCCCAAGGCAUAACCUUAGCCUAGCCUUCCCCAGUGAUCCAAACUUCCAAGCUGCCCUUUUCGCAUCUUCAGGUGCAUUUUGUUUUUAUUCUGUAACUUGUCUGUCCGUGGUUUUGCGGUGGAAUAAUCAUUUUAGAUCCCUAUGUCUUCACCACAAUGAAGUGCAAAGACCAGGAGUCAGUUAACGGAGAGCCUAGCCAGGCUUUUAUGAGCCGGGGGGGAAUUAUCAAGUAGGGUUUUGUACAAGGGCCGGAUCCAAAUGCCAUUGACGUCGGUGGGAGUGACGUCCAUGACCUGUGGGUCUGGGCCGACGUGAUUAAGGCAGUCAGAUCAAACCCCUACAGCCAUGUGUGUAGCACGUAAUACAACUCUGAGGAACAACCUGAGGCCUGGGCUACCUUAGAAAAUUAGGUCGGUUUAACUACAUCAGCCCGGGGUGUGAGUAAACCACCCCCCCGGAGCGGCAUGGUUAAGCUGAGCUUAGCCCCCAUGUAGGCAGUGCUAGGUUGACCUCGCUGCCAGCUCUGAGAGGCGGGUCACCUACGCUGCUGGGAGAGCCCCUCCUGUUGGCGUAGGUAUUGCUGUACUGAAGUGCUCCUGGAGCAUGUAGGUGUAGACAAGCCCUGAGUUUGGGAAAGGAAAGAGUCUCUCCAACCAGUGUUUUCUAAUGGCGGGGGUGGGGGGGGAGCUUUUGAAAAAAUAAAUUGCUCAGUAACCGCGGCAUAAAUAAAACCAGGAGUUUGUUUGCACUGUAAUGUUGUCUUUGUUUAUUUAAGUGAUUGUGUGAUAUUUUUCCAGUUUAAAAAAAAAAAAAAGAAAGAAAGAAACCCUUUGUAACGUACAGUGAAAAUGUGGUCUGUUGCAGUUUGUGAUAUUGCUUAUGGCUGAGAGAACAAGUAGCAAUCAUGCCUGUAAAGUCCAUUAAAAGUUUAUUUUAAAAAAUUA